UCAUUACCUAGCGCCUUGGAAGGGUCGCAGUCGCACGAUUGUACAGUCGCACGCUGUUACUGAGUAGGUCAGGCUACUUGAGAAGCAGAGUCAACAUGUCUCGCUACGUAAACCUUCUGAAAUGUGUUUUAGGUGCUUCCCAAAGGGCCAAUUCGAGGUUUUUGUCGUCUGCAUCUGGCCGGGUUUUGCGGAGCUGGAGUAACGCAGCGCCGCUCGGUUGUCGAGCUACCGGGUCACGGCUGUGCGGGAUUAGACCCCGAACGUGGAGCCCUCACCACCCCAGCCUGGUUGCGACCCAAAUCUUUCCCCAACGGGCCUAUAGCACGCAGCAGGCGGAGAACGCGGAGGAGGAACCGCUCCACACCAUUAUCAGUGACACGGAGAACGUGCAAGGAACCUUCUCCAAACAUGAGUUCCAGGCUGAAACAAAGAAACUUCUGGACAUUGUGGCGAGGUCAUUGUAUUCAGAGAAAGAGGUGUUCAUCCGCGAGCUGAUCUCCAACGGCAGCGAUGCCCUGGAGAAACUGCGCCACAGGCUGAUGUCAGGAGGGGGCGACACCGCGCCCAUGGAGAUACACCUGCAGACCGAUGCUGCCAAGGGCACCUUCACCAUCCAGGACACAGGGGUGGGGAUGACUCAGGAGGAGCUGGUGUCGAACCUGGGGACCAUCGCUCGCUCUGGCUCAAAGGCUUUCCUGGACGCCCUGCAGAACCAGGCGGAGGCCAGCGGCUCCAUCAUUGGCCAGUUCGGCGUGGGCUUCUACUCGGCCUUCAUGGUGGCCGACCGCGUGGACGUGUACUCGCAGUCCGCCGAGCCGGGCAGCCCGGGGUUCAAGUGGUCCUCUGACGGGUCCGGCGCGUUCGAGGUCGCCGAGGCCAGCGGGGUGCGGCAGGGCACCAAGAUCGUGCUCCACCUGAAGGACGACUGCAAGGAGUUCUCCUCCGAGGAUCGAGUCAAAGAUGUGGUCACCAAAUACAGCAACUUUGUCAGCUUCCCCAUCUUCCUCAACGGCCGGCGACUCAACACACUGCAGGCUCUGUGGAUGAUGGAGCCCAAGGAGAUCAGCGAGUGGCAGCACGAGGAGUUCUACCGCUACGUGGCGCAGGCCUACGACAAGCCCCGCUACACCCUGCACUACCGGGCCGACGCCCCCCUCAACAUCCGCAGCAUCUUCUACGUGCCGGAAACGAAGCCCUCCAUGUUUGAUGUGAGCAGGGAGAUGGGCUCCAGUGUGGCUCUGUACAGUCGGAAGGUGCUGAUCCAGACCAAGGCCACCGACAUCCUGCCCAAAUGGCUGCGUUUCCUCAGGGGCGUUGUGGACAGUGAAGACAUCCCCUUGAACCUAAGCAGAGAGCUGCUUCAGGAGAGCGCCCUCAUCAGGAAGCUACGGGACGUCCUGCAGCAGCGCGUGAUCCGCUUCCUCCUGGACCAGAGCCGGAAGGAGCCGGAGAAGUACGCCCGCUUCUUCGAGGACUACGGCCUGUUCAUGAGAGAGGGCAUCGUUACCACCUCCGAGCAGGACGUCAAGGAGGACAUAGCGAAGCUCCUGCGGUUCGAGUCCUCCUCCCUGCCUGCGGGGCAGCAGACCAGCCUGCAGGAGUACGGCACGCGCAUGAAGGCGGGCACCCGCAACGUCUACUACCUGUGCGCCCCCAACCGCCACCUGGCCGAGCACUCGCCCUACUUCGAGGCCAUGAAGAAGAAGGACAUGGAGGUGCUCUUCUGUUACGAGCAGUUUGACGAGCUCACGCUGCUGCAUCUGAGGGAGUUCGACAAGAAGAAGCUCAUCUCCGUGGAGACGGACAUCGUGGUCGACCACUACAAGGAGGAGAAGUUCGAGGAGAUCAAACCAGCCUCCGAGCGCCUGACGGGGCAGCAGGCCGAGGACCUGAUGGCCUGGAUGAGGAACUGCCUGGGCCCCAAAGUCACCAACAUUAAGGUGACCCCCCGUUUGGACACGCACCCCGCCAUGAUCACGGUGCUGGAGAUGGGCGCGGCACGCCACUUCCUGCGCACCCAGCAGCUCGCCAAGACGUCCGAGGAGAGAGCGCAGAUACUGCAGCCCACACUGGAGAUCAACACCGGCCAUGACCUCAUCAAGAAGAUGAACGAGCUGAAGGAUUCGAACCCGGAACUCUCUCAGCUGCUGCUGGAGCAGAUCUACGACAACGCCAUGAUCGCGGCCGGCCUGAACGACGACCCCCGACCCAUGAUCUCCCGCCUGAACGACCUGCUCACCAGAGCCCUGGAUAAGCACUGAGAGGUAACCCCGCCCCCAGCCUGGCCCCGCCCACAUCGUCACUGUCCACAGCCCGUUACCCUGACUACGGCGUCCACCCAGCUGUGGUCUCGGAGGGGGGGGAACAGGCCAAAUCACAUGUGGAAACUGAAAAGACAGGAAUGGAACCUUGUGUCCUGAUCUCAGCGUUGCCGCCAGUGCCGUCUUGAAUCUGGACGACCACUUCCUGGAUUUCAGAGCCAACGGAUUUCCUGCAGAUCAUCACAGCGCCACAUUUCAUUUCACCAAUGAGAUUAUGUCCCAUCUAACAACACUGGUACUGCUUGGCCACCAGUGACAAUGCAUCCAGCCCUAAAUGCCCAUGUGUGUGUAAUCCCAGCCCUUGUCCGUCGCUGCCCUUAAAGUGCUUAUGUAACGUAGGAAGACUGCUCUGGCUCUCCCGUUUCAACUGAGUACAAACCCGUUAAUGGACUGAAUUCAUGUCCCCUCUUAUUUUAAAUUAAUGAAUCAAUAUGUACAUAAAUAGAAAAUUAAAAACUCGGUACCAGAGCGAAUGAGUAUAACUUGCCGACCAACCCCCCUGCCUUCAGGGCAUCGUCUGAUUGGCCAGUCCCGUUGGGCUGUGCCCGCUUCAGCCAAUCCGCUCCUUACAAAUAUCAGUGAACAGAAUUCGGGGCAGCGUCACACCUUUAAAAUCCUUCAGACACGACCAGAGGAAGCGGAAGACCUGACGCAAGAUUACCUGCACCAGGCAACGCUCACCUGAGGGGCUCUGAGGAGACUGGGUGGACUGAACAUAUACAGGUUGCCAUGGAAGACUCAAAGCCUGCUUGGGUUUUUGGCUGCUGGCUGAACUUACAUGUUUGUUUUUUUUCUUGUAUUGUGAAUAAAAAAGUAAACAUUUUGUGAAACCUCG